CGCGCCAAAGCUCAGACAGCGGCCACUCUUCAGGACAAUAACACGCUGCGGAGGCCCUUUAAAUACAUUCUGCUGUUGAUACGGCUACAAUACAGAUCGAAGUGUCCGUGAUUUUUGUUCCUUAAGAGGACUGUUUUCGUUUUUUGUGCUUGAGUCGAGACACAGAAUUCAAAUUUCAUGCCGGUUUUCGGGAAACGGUAUACCACUUCACGGUCGUGAGACGACUUUGACGGGUGCGGUGCAGCGGAGUUGGCGCACUGCUGGAUUGGAUAUAUUAUUCGCUUGAAGCCAAGACGGUACACCCCACCAUACUGCGCCUGAAUUCACUCCUCUGCUGGUUCUUCUGACUCUCAACGGGUGAAUCGGGAUCGUUUUCGUCGGCUUUUCAGCGGGAAUAUGUUGUUGUCAAAGUUUGGUUCAUUUUCGCACAUUUGCAAUCCUUCAAGUAUGGACCAUCUACCAGUGAAAAUACAGCUCCAGUCGGUUAAAGUGGAAAAGGAGCCCUUCGAAAAGGUUUACCAAGUGGGAUCCGUGCUGGGCAGCGGAGGAUUUGGAACAGUGUACGCCGGCAGCCGGAUAUCUGAUGGCGCACCGGUGGCUGUGAAACACGUUGCAAAGGAGAGGGUGACCGAGUGGGGAACAAUUAACGGGGCUAUGGUGCCUUUGGAGAUCCUGCUGCUAAAGAAGGUCAGCUCGUCGUUUCGCGGAGUUAUCAAAUUGCUGGACUAUUACGAGCGGCCGGACGGUUGGCUGAUCGUUAUGGAGAGGCCGGAGCUCGUCAAGGACCUUUUCGACUAUAUCACCGAGAAGGGCGCCCUGGACGAGGACACGGCUCAGGGAUUUUUCCGCCAGGUUUUGGAGGCGGUCAGACACUGCUAUAGCUGCGGCGUAGUACACAGAGACAUCAAAGAUGAAAACCUGCUGGUGGAUCUACGCACCGGAGAGCUCAAGCUUAUUGACUUUGGCUCAGGGGCGAUUCUCAAGGACACAGUCUACACCGAUUUCGAUGGUACAAGAGUGUACAGCCCACCAGAGUGGAUCCGCUUCCAUAGAUACCACGGUCGCUCGGCGACGGUGUGGUCGCUAGGAGUGCUGCUGUAUGACAUGGUGUGUGGAGACAUCCCCUUUGAGCAGGACGAGGAGAUCCUCAGAGGGAGACUGUACUUCAGGAGGAGGGUUUCAGCCGAGUGCCAGCAGCUGAUCAAAUGGUGCCUGGCCCUGCGGCCUUCAGACCGGCCUACACUGGAGCAGAUUUGUGACCACCCUUGGAUGAGGGCGACGACAACCGAGUCACCCAAGUCACAAGAGGAGCCGGUCACCAGUGAGAUCCGCCUCAGGACCAUCGACACAGACUCUUCGUCAAGUACAAGCUCAAGCAAGGAGAGCCUCUGAGGACGGCUCUGAUGGACCCAAAAGACUUUCUGGGGAAAGAAGGAGUGUGGCUGGAGGGGGUGAUAUGGACUUGAGGCCGGAAGCCUGUAGCCCAACUGGCCCAUCAGUGGCUGGGCGCUUGACUCAGCUGCUCCAGCAAGAAAAAUGUACUUUAAUUUUUCUCUUUUGUAGGGAAUUUCUAAUUUAUUACUAUUUGUUCUUCCUUAUCUUAUUUUCCCCAUCCUCUCUUUUUUCAGUUGAUAAUACUUGUUUCCUAUACGGGAACUAUUUUCUUUUAUUUAUUUUUUUUGAGCGGUCUUACCAGCACUAUUUAUUCUCCCCUUCUCCCUUUUUUAACUUUAUUUUACUCGUUUUGUUACUAGGCUGGUAUAUGCAGCUGGCAAGGCCCUCCUAUUCAAACAUGGCUGCUCUCAUAGAGCUUGGAGAAAACCUUUUUAUUUAAAUGUUUUAAUUUUGAUUUUGUAGUGCCUUUUUCUUUUGGAAAGCUGCUUUUCUGGGGGGCUUUCAUCAACAACUCUAUGUUUUGGGUUUGCUCGUGGCCUGGUGGGCUAAGUUGCCUGUGUUGUGAUGGAAGGGGGGAGGAGGUUAAGGCUGUGUGUUCCCCUCCCCCCCUCCAUCACUGUAAGCCAACAACCCACAGCCAAGAGGCUAAGAUAGCAUUAGAUGGAGAGAAAGAGGUGGGGGCUCUUCCUGACAAUGGAAUACUUGAAAAACACUUGACUCAACUCUGUGUCGCUCUCUUUAACGCUGCUCAAUCACUCUAUAGCCUGAACAGGUGUUUGGAAACUGGAUCCUGUCUUUUCUGAAUGUCUACAAAAUGUCAACCCCCCCCCCCCCCACACAUACACACACACACCUUUUUCUCUCCCUCUUGUCCCAUGCCUGUUGCAGGGUGUGUGGCCCUCUUGACUUUUCUUUUUUGCCUCCUGCCAUCUCACUGCUUGACACUACAUGGCCCCCGCCCCUGGCCUCCCUCAGGGUUUGGGGUGUGAAAUGCACAAUCAAUGCAAUAUUCAUGGUCUCAAUUAUGUAUUUUGUUUUCAACAAAUAUUGUACAGCGUGUAUUUUUUUUUUUUUCUUCUCUUUUUGUGUGUACAUUAUUUUUCCUCCCCAGUCUGCAUUUAAUUUAUUUGUAAACAUGUACACAUUCCACACUCUGUGGUUAUUUAUUUAUUUAUUGUCUACGCUUAAAAUCCCCUCUAAAUUUUUGGCAUAUCCUACUCUGCCUUUGGUUUGCAUUCCUAUAACUUAUUUUUACAUUUCGCCAUGUUUUUUUUUUUUUUUUUUUAGAUGUGGAGAAUGCACUGAAGCAGUUGUCGAUGUAAAGCAGAAUAAAACAAGUUUACUUCAAUUUGAAAAGAGCAUUUGAAUGUUAUUUAACUACUUUAAAAAGUCUGUUGGUAAUGUUGAAUUGCUAAUUAUGAGAGAAGUCCAUCUGGUGUUUGUACUGUCAAGAUUCAUUUUGAAUUCUAUGGAAAGCUAAACUACGGGUGGAACAGCUUUCGUAGUUGUCACACAGCCUCAUAUUGGAUACCUUUCAGUUUAGCUGUGUGACUUGUGGCUGUGAAGGAUGGAUAUUGCUAUUUUUUGAUACAAAAGUUUCAAUUAAACUCCCAUUUUUAUGUACAGAAA